AUGGACUCGGAACAUUCCGAAAAACACUGCCAACCUGAGGCUCUUGAUCAAGGCAUUCAAGUUGAUGAUGAGAAACGGGCCCAACCAACCAACGGCAGCAGUUGCAGCAGCACAGGUUCCGAGGACGCCAAAAACAAGACCGAAGCGGGUGCCAUCGAUGAAUUAGAAAACAUCGCCGAGGUCUGUGAGGGCGAGCCCGAGGGAAAUGAUAGCCCGGGAGUCGUUAGCUGUGUUCUCAGCCGCAUAACAUCAAGAUCUACGACUAUAGAUCCGGGGCCACCGCCAGAUGGUGGUUGGACGGCAUGGUCUCAGUGCAUUGCUGUACACUUCAUCAUAUCCAACAGCUGGGGGUUCAUCAACUCGUUUGGUACGUGGCAGUCUUACUAUGUCACUCUCCUCCCCGAAAGAACAGCGUUUGAAAUAUCCAUGAUUGGGUCUUUGACGGUAUUCCUGCUCUUCUUCAUCGGCACUUUCACCGGACGCCUCACGGACGCCGGCUACUUCCGCCAGUGCUAUGUGAUAGGGAGUAUUUUCCAGAUUGGGGGUAUUGUCUGCACCUCGUUCUGCACCAAGUACUGGCAGUUCAUCCUCGCCCAGGGCAUCUGUAUUGGAAUCGGGAACGGCUUCCUUUUCUGCCCUUCCCUCGCGCUGGUGUCGACGUAUUUCCUCAAGAGGCGGGCUAUUGCCAUUGGGAUCACAGCCGCCGGCGGAGUAACUGGCGGAGUCAUAUUCCCGGUCAUGGCAAGACAGCUGCUGCCCAAGAUUGGAUUCCCCUGGACCAUUCGGGCUAUUGCGCUGGUUCAAUUAGUGUGCCUCGCCAUUUCAAACAUCCUUGCCAAACCGAGGAUCAAGCCCAGGAGACAGGGGCCGAUCAUCGAGAUACAGGCCUUCAAGGAGCUCGAGUAUACAUCGUAUGCCGUAGCCGCCUUUCUGUUCUUCUGGGGGGUAUACUUCGCCUUCUACUACCUCGCCGCCUUCUCCCGCGACGGCCUCCCGGACCCCGUAUCCUUCACCGAGAGCCUCAACCUCCUCCUCGUCCUCAACGGCGUGGGCAUGAUCGGCCGCCUGGCGCCAAACUACUUCGCCGACCGCGUCGGCGCCGUCAACAUCUUCAUCCCCGUGUGCGCCACGGCCUCCCUCCUCGUCUUCUGCUGGAUGGCCGUGAACACCGUGCCGGGGCUCUACGCCUGGAGCGUCUUCUACGGCGUCUUCUCCGCGGGCGUGCAGAGCCUCUUCCCCGCCGCGCUGAGCUUCCUCAACAGCGACCUGCGCAAGCUGGGCGUGCGCAUGGGCAUGGUCUUCACCAUCGUCUCCUUCGCCGUGCUCACGGGCCCGCCCAUCGCGGGGGCCAUCAUCGACCGCACGGGCGGGUACAGGGCCGCGCAGGCCUUCUCGGGCUCGUCGCUCGCCCUGGGCGCCGUGUUCCUGUUCGUGUCCAAGGUGGUGCGGAUGCGCAAGCUGGGUCAGGGGUGGACGGGCAAGGUGUGA